UUUCUUUCGAAUAGAAUAACGACAACGCUAUGAUAUCGCGAGCAUCCUGUCUCGUAUCGAUAACGCGGAAUACAAGCUGGAAUGAGACAGAUAAUUGAUAUAAUAUAAACUGGUAAGCGCAUCAGUUGCAGUUACUGGAUCGCUCGUGCUAAACGACGGAUUGAAAUUAUGAGAUGCCUAGGCUGUUUCGUCUUUUUGAACCUCGUCACGACGGCGUUAUGUUUGAUCGGUGAAGAGGGAUCGGUGUGCAACGUGCACGUCAGUCGCAUGGAAUCGAGAUACGUGCCCUACACGGAAACGUACAAGGUCAGAUGGGGUUUCUUCUAUCAAACGAAGACUCGAACCAAUUACAGGAUCGAUCACUUCCCCCUGUGGACGUUUCAGCAGAUAUGUUGCGACGGUUACGAGGAUCGAAGUGGCGUUUGCGUACCGGUGUGCAGCCCCGAAUGCGUGAACGGAAAGUGCACGAAACCGAACGUAUGCGAGUGCGACGUCGGAUACUGGUCUCUGUACACGCAACACGCGUGCGAACCCCUGUGCGCGACCAAUUGCACGAAUGGCUUCUGCUCGAGACCGAAUCGAUGCUCGUGCAACGCGGGCUACCAAUUGGACGAGGACGAAUUACACUGUCUGCCGGUUUGCGCGCAAGAUUGCGCCAACAGCAACGCGCACUGCACGGAGCCAAACCGCUGUACCUGCAAUUCGGGUUACCGGCAGAGCGGCACCGACGCAGCGGCGUGCACGCCGAUCUGCGAAAUACCGUGCGUGAACGGGGAAUGCAUCGAGCCGAACGUUUGCGCGUGCAACCACGGUUACUCGAUCGAAGGGGAUAUCGAUCGGUUCGCCUGCAAGCCCAAGUGCGACCGAAUUUGCCUGAACGGGAAAUGCACGGCGCCGAACGUUUGCACCUGCGACCCGGGCUACAGAUUGAACGAGAACGGGGAAUGCGAGCCGAAUUGUGGCGAACCGUGCGUGAUGGGCAUUUGUAUCGCGCCUGAUGUUUGCAGCUGUUACCCUGGAUACGGGUUGCCGGAUGAUUCCAGGUACGUGUGCGAAGCAGUGUGCGAGAAAGGUUGCGCGAACGGGACGUGUACGGCGCCCGACGUGUGCACGUGCCACCACGGUUACAGAGCGACAGGAGACGACACGACGAGGCACGUGUGCGAGCCAGUUUGCGAGCCUCCUUGCGAGCCGAGUGGCCAUUGCGCAGCGCCCAACACUUGCGACUGCUUCCAAGGGUAUCGGAUGAUCGAUACUAGGGAAAACGAAGUGAGCUUGACUGAUCUUUUCUUCUUCUUUUUUGUGCUGGACAACACGACGAUCGUCUCGGCCUGUGAACCUGUUUGCGAGCAAAAUUGCGUCAACGCCACGUGCACCGAGCCCAAUGUUUGCACUUGCGAUCACGGGUUCGCCAAGGAUGCGAACGAUCGGUGCGAGCCCGUGUGCUCGUUUUGUCGCAACGGUUCCUGCGUAGCGCCCAACGUGUGCCAAUGUUGGCAAGGUUUCGUCCCGGCGGAGGAGCACGGUUGUGCGCCAUAUUGCGAGAACGGGUGCGAAAACGGGGAGUGCGUGGCACCGAACGAGUGCACGUGUCACGAGGGUUUCGAGUCGAGUGGAAAUAAGAGUAGGUGCGUGGAACGCGUGCCCGUGUGCACGCAGCCUUGCAAGGGGCACAGUGUCUGCGUGGAAGACGAGAAACCGUGCCAAUGUUCUUACGGAUGGACGGGGUUGGAAUGCGACCAGCCCACCCUCUGCAUUUUGCUAAUGAAUUCCGACGAUGAAAAUCUCGUUGGAGUCGCGAUUCGUAACGAGACGAAUAACACGCUGACGGAUGCUAAACUUCACGCGCCUCUCUGCUAUCCAUGUAACAACGGGACAACGAGCAACGAGAGUUACUGUUUCGUCAUCGAUGAUUCGUCGAUCGGCUGUUUCGUCGAGACAGUAGACUCUUCUUGCUAUGGUGGCAAAACGGAUGCGGCAAAGUUCAAGAUGCAGGCAGGAAUGUUAGGAGCGGUCGUAGUUUUAAUAUUGGCGAUCGUGACGAUAGCGUGUUUCACGAUUUAUAGGCAUCGAAGAGAAAAGAUACGUUCAGCCAUCGCGCAGAAUGUAUUACAAGAGGGAAUGGCGAACGAGUAUUUGAUUUCGGAACGAGACGAUCAUUCUGCGUCCAGUAUUGAUUUCUACGAACGAUAAAUUAGAAUGAAAUAUAUUUCUAUCCGCAUUUCGGAACGAGACUUUUCUUCUUUUCGAUUGAAUUUUCGAAUGAAUAAUGCGCACAUGAUUAACACGAUUCGCUGUCACAUUCGUAUGUAUAUAUAUAUAUAUA